ACCAAAAUAAUAUUUCAGCCUUCUUAAAAUGUUGGAACUUAUUAAUUAGCACAAGAAAAACAUGGAGGACCAAAAUCAUACAAAUUCCAAUUACAAAUCUACCAAAAGUGCAAUGAAAGCUAUUAGGUUUAGAACAGAGGAAGAAACAAAAAAAACUUGUGGGGCGUUACACAGACGGUGAAACUGACAGUGACACGCUGAAUUUGCUUCCCUUCCCAUGCACGCUUUGCGAAAGUUUCAAUCUUUUUCAGUGAUAAAACCCUUUGACCACUCUCACUCUCUCAGGCACAGAAAAAGGAGUGACCUUUGUGAUCAAUGGAGGACAAGGGAGAAUGCUCUGCUUCUGCUUCUGCUACACCCUCUGAUGAAAUCUGGGCCAAGCUUGUUCCGUCAGACUCGAGAUAUUCAGAUGUUGAGAUAAGGUCAGAUGAGAAAGUAAUAUGUUCUGAGAUAUCAGCUACUUUAAGUGACAAACACAGCUGGUGCAAAAUAGUAAGGAAUUCUGAUCUGUGUUCUGCCACGAUGGAAAACAACAGUCCAAAUACAAUACUUGUUGAUGGGGCUGAAGUAUGCAAUGAUAACACCAUCAUUAUCAAGGAUGGAAGUGAAAUCAUAGCAGGCCCUGAUAAAGAAGGAUUUGUCAGCUAUAGAUUUCAUCUCGUAUCUAGCCCAGAAACUUGCCAGAGGCAGCUAAAGAUAUGUGUAGAUGUUGAGCAUGCAAAGUGUAGCAUUUGCUUAAACAUCUGGCACGAUGUUGUUACUAUUGCUCCUUGCCUUCAUAAUUUUUGCAAUGGUUGCUUCUCAGAGUGGUUAAGGAGAUCACAGGAAAAACGCUCAACCGUACUUUGUCCUCAAUGCAGAGCUGUUGUUCAAUUUGUUGGAAGAAAUCAUUUUCUGCGUACCAUUGCUGAGGAUAUGGUAAGAGCUGAUUCUACGUUAAGUCACGCAGAUGAAGAAAUUGCACUUUUAGAUACUUAUGCUUCAGUACGAUCAAACCUUGUUAUCGGGCCUGGAAAGAGAAGUCGAAAGAGGGCUCAGACACCCCUGGAUGAUCAAACAGAUGUCACAGGCCAUCAGUGCCCCCAGUGUGUAACUGAAGUUGGCGGGUUUCGUUGCAAUCAUAGCAUUGCUCAUCUUCAAUGUCAAGCAUGUGGAGGAAUGAUGCCUUCUCGUACUGGUUUUGAUGUUCCUCAAUAUUGUUCGGGAUGUGAUAGACCUUUUUGUGGAGCUUAUUGGAAUGCUCUAGGGGUAACUAGGAGUAGCUCUUACCCUGUUUGCUCCCCAGAGACUUUAAGACCUAUCUCAGAACACUCUGUCUCAAGAAUUCCUUUGUUAGCACACGAAAAGAAUCUGCAUGAACAGAAUAUCACUGAAAGUUGUAUUAGACAAAUGGGGAGGACAUUGCAGAAUGUUAUAGCUGAGAUGAUAACAAAACUGUAUAACGGAGAAAUUGAUAGAACACGACUGAUGCUGAAUCAUGUGGAUACUAUUACUUCAAGGACUUUUGUAUGUGGUGAUUGUUAUCAGAAGUUGGUGUCAUUUCUCUUGUACUGGUUUCGCAUUUCUAUACCCAAACGUCUUCUUCCGCCGGAUGCAUCAGCAAGAGAAGAUUGCUGGUAUGGAUACGCAUGUCGGACACAGCAUCGCAGCGAAGAGCAUGCUCGUAAAAGGAAUCAUGUCUGCCGUCCAACCAGAGGCUCUCAUAUGUGAUGUAAAAACUGUCUCCUUUUUUAGAUCUGUGUCCAGUCUUCUAAUUUUGACAGAAACUAAACGUUGUGUAGAUUAAUCUUUCCUUUGGAGAAACAGCUGUUGGCAUCAUUGCCUGGUUCUAACAGGAUCCUAACAGGAUGUUUGGUUAGCUUCUUCAAUCCAAAUUUGCAUCCAAAAUCAA